UUUUUUUAGUGUUCGUAGAUUAAAAAAAAGUCAGAACUUCAAUUUAAUAAAAUGAUUUUGAAAAACUGAUUUUGUUUUAAACAUAUUGACAAUUUUAUUAAAAAAUGUAAUCAAAUUAAAGGUUGUCAAGAACAGUUUAGAUUCAGAACAAAAACAUCUAGUUCAUAUACUCUUACAAACAAAUAAUUUGGGCAAAACACAGAAAGAUAGAAAAAUAAAUAUUGUUUCCCUGUAACCGAUUAAGACUAUUAACCUAUAAUUAAUCUUAAAUUAUUAUGUGUAUGCUGAAAUGUAGAUUUUUUUUGUUUCUUUCGUUGUUCAUUUCAUUUGGUUUUUAUUUUGUUUUAUUUUCCUUUUAUUUCUUUUUAUAAGCGACAGUCUUAAAUAGGUUAAGCUAAAAAUUGAAUUUUUUUUUUUUAUUCUGGUAAAUAAUUUUGUUAACUAAUUUCAGUGUCCCUCUGUCUCCCUCUGCUGGUCAUUUUCGUUACUGCAUUCUUCUCGUCUUUUCCGCUGAUGGUUUUAUUGGUCUCCACAACUUUUGCUCAAACCGAUAAACAUUUAUUUCUUUCUAAAUGUUUGUAUUUUUAUUGUUGAUUCUGAUCUAAAUCAGAGUAUAAAUUAUGCUUUUAAUGUUUAUACAUCCAGUAAAUAUUCUUGUGUUUUGAUCUGUGAAUAUUUGGCCUUAAUCCUGUAAGUAACGAUCACAGCUCUCAUCAACACUGAGGAAUGAUCCUCCACUCACAUUUCUCCUCUAAAAUGUUUUACUUUCACAUCAUUUCCAGCGUUUUGGUUCCCGAUCAACGAGGUUUCUGUGAUCCGGUUGUAAACCGUGAAGCUGAUCUGUUUCUUUGUUUAAGAUGAGAGUUUAUGGCCGAGUGAAAGUCCAACACGUUCUGACCAACACGCCUCACAGUUCUGUGUUUAUGGUUCUACAGCAGGAUGGGUUCUGGAGUAAAAGAACACAGAUCGGACCAAAUGAUUCUGAGGCUCCUUCAAAACCAGUCGAGGUCUCCAUCUCCUGACUCCACUGCUGUCACCUGACAGUCAGAGGUGUUUUAUGGUGUAAUCUGUAGAAAUACAGAGUAAGCUAACUGCAGGAUGAUUGUGUUUUAUGACCCAAUAAACAUGAGCGGCGACCGAGCCGACCGGUUACUCUUUAACCAGGAGACCAGCAGAUUCCACAUCGACCGAUCCAGGAACUGAGUCUGUUCUCUGCAGCCGUGGAGAUGGAUCCCAGCGUCGACGACGGUCUCCAUGCCAACAGCCUCACAAACAUCCUGAGGACGUUGGGUUCCCGCAAAGCCGACGGAUCCCAGAGAGCACUGGUCCUAAACGUACUGUUGCUAGGAGACAAGCAGAGUGGGCGGAGCUCCGUGGGGAACGCUCUGAUUGGUGGAAACGAGUUCCAAACCGGCGUUUCCACGGCGACACAGUCUCAGCUUCUAAGUCACAAUUUUCCGAAGUUCUUUCGGAGGCAGGGAGCAGAAACGGAUUUGGUGCUGAGAGUAAUGGACACGCCCCCUUUGAAGGCCCGCCCUCCGAGUCUGCAGACGUUCUGUCUCGAAGGCGUCCAUGUCCUGGUGGUUGUGGCGAGAGUGGACCGCCCGUGUAGCGCACACGUGCAGAAGCUAGCCGCGAACCUCCUCGGUCCAGAUUGGCGUCAACACACUCUAAUCGUCUUCACGCACGCUGACUAUCUUAAAGAGGCGGGGCUUAGCCAGUCGGACUACCUCAAUCAGACUGCUGACUGGAUGAGAGUCCUGUCCAAGGAGGUUAGGGGCGGAGUCUGUUUCCUGGACAACAGAAGCGAUUGGCCGAUAAUCCUGGGUCAGCCCCUCAGAGACCAACUCCUCCGACUGUCAGCCGCCAACCAUCACCGAGCUCUGAGGGUCCGGACGGACGCCGAAGGAGACCUGUGACGGGCUGAAGAGAAACUCGCCGUCUUUACGCUUUAGUCUCUUUAACACUUUAAACUCCUCGUGUUUCGCUCCUGUAAACAGUGAUUAUCGUGAGAAACAAAGAACCGAAGUCUUUACCAUCGAAACAUCUGGAAGAUCUCCUGGACGUGAAGAUGUAAUGUAAAUGCCUAACCCGUGCCUGGUCUGUGUCUGGGACCACAUCUGGAACCGCUAUCCAUCUGCGUCUGGUUCUGGGUUAAGGUUAGGAUUCUGGUGCAGUCUACAUCCCGAUACCGGUACUCUAACCCUAGCCUGAUCCGCAUCUGGUACCGAUCCGCAUCUGGUACUGGGUUAAGGUUAGGGUUAGGAUUCUGGUGCAGUCCACUUCCCGAUACCGGUACUCUAACCCUAGCCUGGUCCAGAUCUGGUACCGAUCUGCAUCUGGUACUGGGUUAAGGUUAGGGUUAGGAUUCUGGUGCAGUCCACAUCCUGAUACUGGUAUCCUAACCCGGUACCCUAACCCAAGCCUGGUCCGCGUCUGGUACAGAUCUGCAUCUGGUACGG